CAUACGGAGAGGACAGAGGGAAGAGAGGAGAGGAGGGGAGGGGGAGGAGGAUUCAUCAUAGGAUUAAUGAGGGACAAACCAACCCUUUUCUCCGCGAGGCCCCAGCGAGAGCUCUGAGAGUGGUGCAGCCCAUCCCCCCGCCCCCAUGCGCCACGUGGUACGCUCCAGCCCGGCGUCGGAGGUAUUUAAAUCCGGGGGCCUUCAAGCACGGCUGCUUGUGUACAGAAAAACGACCUCAUUCAGGAAGCUGUUGGCAGAAAGAGAGAGGCAGAGAGGAAAAAUCCUAGCGAAAAGAACAAGCUGUGAAGAAAAAGAGAGAAGAGAAGAGAAGGAUACUGAGAAUAGAGGAGGCCUGGGAACUGGAGCAGCUGCAGGGGAACUGCAGGGAGCUGGAGACACGAGAGGAACGCAGAGAACUCUGCUAGUCGGCUAGAGAAAACAGAACGGACAGAGCAGAAUCAGGGAGAGGAGGAGAGAGUGGAGAACGGUCGAACAGCGGGGGAGGUAGCAGCAGCCGUCCCAGGCCUGGUGGCUUGUCCCAGCGUACCCGCGGAGACCGCAUCACCGUGACAACAGGUCAGUUGGAGACGAGAUCUCCGUGGUGCCUCUGGCCCCAAGCCCCUGACGUCCCAGCGCUCUCUGCCGGGCACCCCCGUGACUCUGAAGCAAUUCCCUGACCUGCGCACCUCCAUGGACGGCAAGUACAAAGAGAUCGCCGAGGAGCUGUUCUCGCGCGGUCUGACUGAGAGCGAGAUGCGAACCGCUCCAUAUGAGUUCCCAGAGGACAGCCCCAUCGAGCAGCUGGAGGAGAAACGACACCGCCUGGAGCGCCAGAUCAGCCAGGACGUCAAGCUUGAGCCGGAGAUCUUGGUGCGCGCCAAACAGGACUUCAUGAAAAUCGACAGCGCUACUGACCUGGAGUUCCUGAAGGAGCAGAGCAUGGUGACAGUGGACCACGCUCUCAAGGAUACCAUCGUGGAGCGGGAGUACCAGCGCGUCUCCAUUUCUGGAGAGGAGAAAUGCGGGGUACCCUUCACAGACCUGGUGGAUGCGGCCAAGUGUGUGGUGAAGGCCCUGUUCAUCCGGGAGAAGUACAUGGCCCUGUCCAUGCAGAGCUUCUGUAAGACCACGGCGCGGACCCUGCAGGAGCUGGGGGAGAAGCCCAUGGAGCUGCGUGUCUACGAGGAGAUCCCAGAGACCCCCGUGGACGCAGAUGCCCCAAUGGACCCCCCUGCCUCUGACACUCACCCUUAUGAAGGCCAGGCCCUCAGCAACAUGCCCUCAGACACGGGCUACAGCUGUAAGAUGGUGGAUGGAGUCGUCCAUGUCUACUCCAAGGAGAACCACACGGACAAGAGCACAGAACUGGACCUGCCCUACACAGACCUGCAGGAAUACAUCACAGACAUGAACGUCAUGAUGGCCCUCAUCAUCAACGGUCCUGUGAAGUCCUUCUGCUACCGACGCCUGCAGUACCUGAGCUCAAAGUUCCAGAUGCACAUCCUGUUGAACGAGAUGAAGGAGCUGGCUGCCCAGAAGAAGGUCCCACACCGGGACUUCUACAACAUCCGCAAGGUGGACACCCACAUCCACGCAUCCUCCUGCAUGAACCAGAAGCAUCUGCUGCGCUUCAUCAAGCGCGCCAUGAAGAAGUACCCCAAGGAGAUUGUGCACAUUGAGCGCGGCCGUGGCCAGACCCUCAUGGAGGUGUUUGAGAACAUGAACCUCACGGCCUUCGACCUCAGCGUCGACACCCUGGACAUGCACGCUGACCGUAACACCUUCCACCGCUUUGACAAGUUCAACGCCAAAUACAACCCCAUCGGAGAGUCCAUCCUGCGUGAAAUCUUCAUUAAGACCGACAACCACAUUGAGGGGAAGUACUUUGCCCACAUCAUUAAGGAGGUGAUGGAAGAUCUGGAGGAGAGUAAGUACCAGAAUGUGGAGCUGCGUCUCUCCAUCUACGGCCGUUGCCGUGACGAAUGGGACAAGCUGGCGAAGUGGGCCGUCACGCACUCCGUCUACUCUGACAAUGUGCGCUGGCUCAUCCAGGUGCCCCGCCUCUUUGAUGUCUACCACACCAAGAAGCAGCUGGCUAACUUCCAGGAGAUGCUGGAGAACAUCUUCAUGCCCCUGUUUGAGGUCACAGUGGACCCAAGCAGCCACCCAGAGCUCCACCUCUUCCUCCAGCACGUGGUGGGCUUUGACAGUGUGGAUGACGAGUCCAAACCAGAACACCACGUAUUCAACCUGGACAGUCCUCUGCCUGCCAGCUGGAACGAGGAUGGCAACCCGCCCUACUCCUACUACCUUUACUACAUGUAUGCCAACAUGACCGUGCUCAACCACCUACGCAGGAAGAGGAGCUUCCACACAUUUGUGUUACGACCUCACUGUGGGGAGGCGGGGCCUAUCCACCACCUGGUGUCGGGUUUCCUGCUGUCACAGAACAUCUCCCACGGACUGCUGCUCAGGAAGGCUCCAGUGCUGCAGUAUUUGUACUACCUGGCUCAGAUUGGAAUCGCCAUGUCGCCGCUUAGCAACAACAGUCUGUUCCUUAGUUACCAUCGUAACCCCCUGCCAGAGUACCUGUCCCGAGGCCUUCAGAUCUCCCUGUCCACAGACGACCCCUUACAGUUCCACUUCACCAAGGAGCCCCUGAUGGAGGAGUACAGCAUAGCCACGCAGGUGUGGAAGCUCAGCUCCUGUGAUAUGUGUGAGCUGUCCAGGAACAGUGUGCUCAUGAGCGGAUUCUCACACAAAACUAAGAGCUACUGGAUGGGUCCGCGCUACCACCACGAGGGCCCCGAGAGCAACGACAUCCGCCGCACCAACGUGCCGGACAUCCGCGUGGCCUACCGGCACGAGACGCUGAACGAGGAGCUGCACCUCAUCACGAACGCUGUCCGCACAGACGAGCAGGGUGGAUUCGACGAGCUGGAGGACACCCUCUCCAUGGCCCCUUUCCCCGGGCGACGCCUGUAGAGCACAACGACUGCGAGGCGUGUAGCGACGAGAAGACCAAACACGGUUGCUUCUUCCUCUCUCUGCAUCUUCGUCUGUUCCAGCAUGAGUCACUAUGUGGUGGUGAGGAGGAGAGGAUGAGGAGAGGUAACCCUUUUACUCAUAACCUUCCUCAAAAAGCACCCUUAGCUGCUCGUGUCCUUCAAAAAACGAAGCCAAGGAAAAAAAAAGAAAAUUAUGAUAAAAAAAACUGCAGGGUCCCUGUUAUAUGGUGUAUGUUUUUUUGGUUUUAGUGGAUUUCCAUUCGGUUAUCGGUUUCUUGCCCCUAAGCAGUGGUCCCCUCUUUCCCGCAUCUAGAUGUUUCCCUCAUGUUUGUGUGUUUAAAGUAGUAGAACGCAGUCAUCAACUGUCUGAUCAUGUCGCUUGUCCUUGCCUCAUCCCUCCAGUUCUGCCCUUUCCACUGUGAUGUGUUUUAUAUUUUAUGAUCACCCUGUAAAAGUUAGCUGGAUAUAUCGACAUCAUUCAGUAUGCCAACUGUCAGUCAUGUGUGCUUCUCCAACGACAUGAUUGGACGGAUGCUUGCUUUAGUUUUAGCUAGUGGUCAUUUGGGGUAAAAACCCCCACCCACAUUGACCAACUUCCCUUCAACUUCGUCAUGUGACGGCUGCAUGUAAAGGUCUUGACCAAUCAGGAAUUGUUUUAUCCAUCACUUGCCCCUAGACCCUGCAAGCUGUGCCCAUCCCUUGGUCAUGCUGCCUUAUGAAAUCAAACACUACCUUCAUCUUCCAUGCUCUGUAGCAACAACAAAAGAGGAUCAUUUAGCAAAGUCAAUAUCAGCUGCCUUAUACAAUACACAAACUAACAGUCACCCCUCCAUUCACAUAAUUCAACUGAACUGCACAUUAAUACUCACAUUCGCAUGAAUUCACACACACACACACACACACACACACACACACACACACACACACACACACACACCCACACACACGUACACACACACUGUGUCGUCGUAGAUGGGACGUGUUGAAGAAGAAAUGGAAAAAAGUUUCCCAAGUGUGAAACUAUGUCACUGGAGCGCUGUCUCAAACUGCAUGUUCCCCGUACUCUUCCAUGACAAGAUUUUAAGGAUGGACAAGAGUGAAGAAGGACCAAGUCUGUGGUCUGGAAGAAACAUUCCAAAGUGUGAACAUUGUAUAAAAGGUUUUAGUUUUCAAUUGUUAGAAUAAGAAAUAACCUGUAGAUACUAUAAUAAAUAUAUCUAUUUAAAGCAAUCCAUAUACAGUACACUGCUAUAUGCAGCUCACAAGAAGGAAGUUAAUCUAGUGUAUAGAAACAUGGUGUAUUAUCUGUGUAUUAAUAUAUACAGUUUGUACUGUACAGUAGACCAGUGUGUGGUAGAGUGGAUAUCCAUUCUGAGAAGUCUUUCACAUUUGCACAUAUAGAUAAAUCAAGACGGCAAAAGUGACGAGUUUUGCUGUCUGAGUUUGCAGAGUUUGCAUGUGUGAAGUGAAGCAUGUUGUAAUCUGGCACAGUUUGAACCGUGAGGGGGUGUGUUCCUUCCACCAUCACCUCAGACAUCCCAGUGAAUCCCCCCCCCCUGAGCCUUGAGCCCUUCCCAGUGAAGAGAUUUGGAGUUCGACCUGUGCUGACACCUCUGCAUGCUCUCUGAUGUGAUCUGUAACCUAGCAACCAACCAACCAACCAACCAAGCCAAGAAAUCCCUGUGCCUUUUGGUUUCGGAGUUUGUUUUCAAAAAGGCCUUCUGUGAGGUUCAGUGUUUGAGAGGUCACUGUCACUGUCAGUGUGAGAUGGAUGUGCUCUCAAAAGACUGAAAGAAGUCACGCUUAUAUUUUUUUUCCAUUUCAGGACAGAUAUAGUGAGAAUCUGCUAACUGGCCAAAAAAAAAUCCUUUUUGGGUUUUAGUUUUUUUACAUAAACUGUCAGCAGAAGCUCAGUUUUUGCAUCUGCGUCUGUGAUGUGUCCUUGUGGACUUGGUGGAGGUGAAUGGACAGAAACACUGUUUACAAUGUAAUGUCAAUGUGGUGAUCCAAUACAGACAGUGAGUUCAAAUCCAAACUUCUGAUCUUGGAAUGAUCCUGGGUGAUGGCUAUCAGGGUGUCAGGAUGAUCAAACCGCUGGUAACAGUUGUUGUGGUUGUCAGAGGGGCAAUGCAGUUUCACUCCCAUUCGGCCUCUCUUUAAAAUAGUCAUACAUGGACACCUACAUACUCUUAGGUCGCCAUUUACCUCUGUCUAACUUGCGAUCACUCUAAUAUUCCACCCAGCCGCACUCUGGAGAGGGGAUAAGUACCCUCUCUGUCUCUAACCUUAGUCCAUCUUGGACUGAUGAAUCCACGCACAGGUCAUAGGCCUUAAGGUCAUAGGCCAUUCGCUCACUCUGAGGACCCUGUAAAGGGGUCUCCUGUUUGUUUGUGACUCGAGAUGACGCUGUGUACAAGUACACACACCCCUCAUUUCAGCCUCGUUGUGAGUACCGCGCAUGUCCCCAUCAUGGCUUUAGUGUCUCAGUGUGAAGACGGUGUAACAGGUCCUCGCUGUGCUGGGAGGUCUCACUGUGAAAGGGUGUCAUGUGUGUGGAGACUUAAGUGGAUAGCUAUGAUUUUGCUUGAAUAUAAAAAAAGUAUUUUUUUAUAUAACAGAGAGUUUAUACAGACCAUUUAUUGAUUCAAGUAGUGAGUGGUAGCUGCAAAGACGGUGAACGUUGAGUUGUUGCAGAUGAUUGCCAUCGUAUGUUCAUGGAUUUACAGACAGAUUUUGACUUUUUUUUUUCUUUUUUUAAAUGAUGUCACUAUUUUUAUUUUUAUUAUUAUUAUUUUUUUAAUGUAUUAUUUGUUUGUACUGAUUUGAGAAAUUACUUUAUGUUCACCAGGAGGUUUUUUUUCCAGUCUGUUUUUAUUUCAAAACAAGCAAUCAACCUCUUUCCAUGAUAACCCUCAAUAGAAACAAUCUGUAGAUCUGAGAUGGAGAUAUGCUCUCAUUUCAAAUGCUUUUCGAGGAGAUAUAAGCUCUGAAGCCUCGGUUUCCAAGUGGAUGUUCAACUAUUUAACGCGGAUGGGUCAUUUAUAGACCCGAACACUUGUCCAGUCUCCGGUCUCACUUGGGUGAUUUGCUAAACUGUUAGCUUGUCUGGCGAGCAUGAUCAGCUCUGUGUGAUGCUUAGACAUGCAUGUGGCAUCCCAAAGCCAGACGCCAUCUGUGAAGAUUUGAGCUUCGCCGAAGGGGUAAACCAAACUUCUGUUUGGAAAUGCUGUGAGACACUUUUGAAACAUUCUUUAAUAAAUCAAGCUGGUUAUGAAGUUAUUCUCUAUAUCUCUCUCCAAACACCUUUUACUGAAUUUAAUCAUCUUUUUAUUAAUGGGGAUCGGAAGCUUACUCUCAAAUGUCUAUUCUGUUCUAGUUUAAAGGGUUGGGUGUAAUAUGUGAAAUAUGCACUUCAAGAUAUUAGGGCAAUAUUUCUAAGAGCAGUGCACAUUCACAUCAUCACACUCCUGCCACCCUGACUGUAACCAGGGUGCCCUGGAACACACACUGUGGUCCAAUCAGGUGUGAUCCCAAGCCAUUACUCUGUCUAAAGAAUUCACAAUUUUACAUUGUAUACACGUAGAAUGUUUCUUUGAUUUUGUUUUGUGAAAUGAUACAUUUACGAACCAUGCUUGUGUUUGGUUUUCCUGUUUUUUGAAACAGUUCUUUUCUAUGCUGUUUUAUGUUUCGUCGUUUAAGUUUUGUUUUGUUUAGUUUCAUGUGUGGGUGGGUAUGCGUGUUUUGUAUGCUCUUCAAGGUUAUUGGUUUGAUUUGACCUGUUUACUUUUUCUUUUUUUUAUGUAGCCACUGGUAUGCUUUCGCACUUAAAGCAAUGGUUCACAGACUCCUGCCCUGGAAGUUUCUGUGCUGGUACAUGUACACGUGUAAUGCUACAAUGAAAUAAAGCAUGUAUAUUCA